UGAAAAAAGACAUCUUGUGACCUUCAGAAUGUUUUAGACAUUGGUUUUCGAGUAUUUCGUAUAAAGUUUCAAAAAUUGUACUUUACAAAUAUUUGACAUGGGUUGCUGUGUUGAAUAGAAGACUAGUGCCAGGUUCUUGAUGUGCGCGGACAAUAUGGCGUUCAAGAGUGCUUUAAAUUUACCGGUAAGGUUUUUUGCUUUAUAAACGUUGAAAUAUUAUGUUUUUACUAUUGUAAUUUACUGUAAUAAUCUCGGGUAAUUAAAAUAAGUUGCAGUGGGUGCAGAAUGUUGCCUAAAAAGAGUAAAAAAAUAAUUGAACACAUUAAUAGUAGAAUUUGGUGUGGGCUGUGGGGUCCACACUGAAAUAUGUAAUACUCACCGAAAGUUACCCCGUGCACAUUCUUGUUUUAACUGCCGUCCCACGUCAUUUUAUCCCCUUAACAGGGAUGGUGGUAAAGGACCUUUGAGAGAAAGUAGGCUCUGAACAAUUAACCAAAUUCUUGUACUAUUUCACAGGCAAUAAGAAGUACAUUUCACAGAGAAUUUUUAAACAGAGUAUGUUGCAGUUGUUAUCCAAGUUUAAAAACACAGACGACAGAAUUGAGUCUGUUUGGAGUUAGAUUUGCAUAUCAGCCAAAAUCAAAGUUAAAACGCAAGGCAGCCGAAGUUCCUGGGUAUAGAAUUGGUGUGACGAAAGCAUGGGACUCCUGGCAUACUGGUACGCUUUUGAUUUGUGUUUUUACUAUCAAUUAUGAUUUGGCAUCUAACCAAAUUUGUUUCCAUUGUUUCAGGGAGUUUGGCUGGAAGUUCAGAAGCAUCUGCAAGAUUAAUGGAUGAUAUCAUGAUAAGAAAGUUUAUCGAAGGAGUGUUCUACGAACUCUUGGUGUCAGACAUUGUUAUAAAAAGACGAGAUAAUCAGAUUAUCAUUACCUUUUAUGCAGCAGGACAACAAGACUCAAUAAAAACAUAUUUUCUUGUUGGCUUUUGUGAAAGAUUGCUAUCAGAGAUGUUUGGAUGUAUAGUAAAGUUAGAGAUUAUAUCACAGUUGGUCAGGAUAAAUACUGCUGCUACAUAACUGUGUAUUCUUUGAAGAUAAAUAUAUUGUGUAAAUAAAUGACAAAAUUGCAUUUUGCACUAAAGUUUGGACAUAAUAGAUUAGAGGUUAAAUAAUAUUAUAAGGCCACAUAAAAAAAUAGUUGGUUAGCGUCCUCGCCCGCCCACAAAAAAGGUUCCCCUCAGGAUUAUUUUUUAUUUAAAAAAACCCAACUUUUAUUAACCAACAGGC